AUGGCUAUCGCGUCCGAGGGUACCCGGGACAACAAGACGUUCCUCGAUGAGGAAGUCGCGGAGCUCGAUGGACUGGUGACAAACCUGGACAAGACCAAUACCGUGAAUAUUCUCAACUCAUUCGACACUCGGCUGGCAAGUCUGGAGACAUCAGUUAUGCCCAUCCACAAGUCAACCCAGAGCCUUACACGGCUCGCAGGAAACAUGAACCAGACGGUGGCGGCAUUAGAAGCGAUCCUUUCUUACUUUGACCUGGCUUCGAGGGAGGAAGCCAUAGUGACCCGACCCUUGUCCGAUCAGGACUUGCAAUCGUACCUCCAGUCAAUUGGGCGGAUACGGGAGUCUCUUCGAGCCAUGAGCUCUGUCAAUCUCAAGGCUGGCGAUCGAGUGGUACAGCAGCUGAAACGGAGCCUCAAAAUCGCAGCUGGACAACUGGAUGAUCUCUUCAAGAAGCUGCUGUUGCAAAAUAGCCAGCCCCUGGACCUCAAAAUUGUUACAUCGUCAGACCGCAAGGAUAUCCCGCCCUUCCCCCAAGGCGCCGUUCAGACCUUGGUGACCAUCGCCAAGAGUCUUGCUGAUAUCGACCUGGAUCCCAAUGCGACACCAACAGGAUAUUUGAAGUCCUAUUGCGAGAUCAGAGCUAACAGCAUGAUCAAGUCUCUGACGCCACUCAACCAGUCAUCCCUGGUUGAGCUCAGAGGCGUUUACGACAAGGGCUCCUCACCUUUCAUCCCCUAUACCGCCUCCCUUCUCAAGCUUUGCAGGAACGAAGCUGAUUUGGCCGACACAUUAUUGGACCCCAAGCUGUUAAGUUUGGCUUUCAUGGGAUCAAUUAUGCCUCCAAUUGAGCAAUGGGUCGAGACAGGACGGACAAUCACGCGCAGAGUCCGAAAGACCUAUACAUCCGAGGUUGGCAUUCUGUUUGACGUGAUCGAGACCCUGGAGACCAGCAUGACUACCUUUGAGAGCGUCUUUGGAUUGGCGAGAAGACAGAAAGAGAACGAUGCAGUAGAGCUGCUCAAGGUGUUCAAGGCGGCAGCCAUGAAGACAUUUAUCGACUUUCUCGGGGAACUAAAGAACCAUAAUAACCCCAAGUACCAAGCCAUGCCAUUGGACGGAACAGUUCAUCAACUCACUUCAGAUACCCUCAACUACAUGAAGCGCUUGAUGGCAUAUCAACAAACGGUCGAGCCGAUUCUUAAUCAGAUGGGCGAUGGCAACUGGAACAACCCUGAAAGCGGAGCAUCGCAGAACCGCCGCUCCCAGGCUGCUGGACGAUCUGGACGGAGCGUUGUCUUGCAGCACUACUUUGCGGACGUGUUAGAGGCAUUAGUGCAGAACAUUGACGCGAAAUCGAGGUUCUACAAGAAGGGUCAGUCUUUGACCCAGCUGUUCCUGCUCAACAACUACUUCUACAUCUCUAAAUCAGUUCGCACGACGCCAGGACUCUUGGAAGUCAUUAAUGGACCGGACGCCGGAAACGCACCACCCAACAGCCUCACCUCUGCAGUGUACGAGCGACCCCUGAAACAGAACGUUGAUCUGUACCAGGACAACUGGAAGGGCUGUGUCGAGCACCUAAUGGAUGUGACCUAUGUCCAGGACGGAGGUCUCCAACAGGUUCUGAACUCGAGUCAGCGUCAGAUGGUCAAGGACAAGUUCAAGAACUUCAACCACGACUUUGAUGAACUCUGGAAGGCACAGAAGCAGUACUCUAUCCCGGAUAUGGAUCUCCGGACCAUGGUUCUGAAGGAUGUCAACCAGAUCAUGAUCCCGAUGUACGACAAGUUCUUGACAAAGUAUGCCUCGUCCUCGGGUGGGCAUGGCACGAUGGAGUUUACCAAGAAUGCGCAAAAGUACAUUCGGUACGAUGUGUCGAUGAUCAAGGAUAUGGUCCACCAGUUCUUUACGGCGUCGUAA